UCAAAGUCACCACAGUGUAUAGUUCGAGCUUUGUUCUUAAAUUCUUUAACGAGUCCCUAAUACAACAUUAAAAAUGGUUAGGGAGAACAAAGCAGCAUGGAAGGCUCAAUACUUCAUCAAGGUCGUGGAACUGUUCGAUGAGUACCCAAAGUGCUUCAUCGUCGGAGCUGACAAUGUUGGCUCCAAGCAGAUGCAGAACAUCCGUACCAGCCUUCGGGGGUUGGCUGUCGUGUUGAUGGGCAAGAACACCAUGAUGCGCAAGGCCAUCCGCGGUCACUUGGAAAACAACCCGCAAUUGGAAAAGUUGUUGCCCCAUAUCAAGGGAAAUGUUGGCUUUGUGUUCACAAAGGGCGAUUUGGCUGAGGUGCGUGACAAGUUGCUUGAGUCUAAAGUACGCGCUCCAGCUCGUCCCGGCGCCAUUGCGCCUUUGCCUGUCAUCAUUCCGGCCCAGAACACCGGCCUUGGUCCAGAGAAAACUUCUUUCUUCCAAGCGCUCUCCAUCCCAACAAAGAUUUCAAAGGGUACUAUUGAAAUCAUCAAUGAUGUGCCCAUCUUGAAGCCCGGCGAUAAAGUUGGCGCUUCUGAGGCCACUUUGUUGAAUAUGCUGAACAUCUCGCCAUUCUCGUAUGGGUUGCUUGUCAGCCAAGUAUACGACUCUGGUUCCAUCUUCUCUCCCGAAAUCUUGGACAUUAAGCCCGAAGACUUGCGAGCCAAGUUCCAACAGGGCGUGGCCAACUUGGCUGCCGUGUGUUUGUCCGUGGGCUAUCCAACCAUUGCUUCGGCUCCCCACAGCAUUGCCAACGGUUUCAAGAAUCUAUUGGCGAUUGCCGCUACCACCGAAGUGGAGUUCAAGGAAGCCACCACCAUCAAGGAGUUCAUCAAGGAUCCCAGCAAGUUCGUUGCUGCUGCUGCCGCAUCGACUCCAGCUGCUGGUGCUGCCGCCGGUGGUGCUGUCGAGAAGAAAGUGGAGGCAAAGAAGGAGGAGUCGGAAUCCGAGGAAGACGACGACAUGGGAUUCGGACUGUUCGAUUAAGCAACUGCUUCCAGAUCAUUGUUUACAUCUCAAUCUCGCGCUUGGUAAUCUCCAUCAUAACCAGCAACAAAAGCUACAUUGUAACUUAUGUAUAACUAUGCAUCUGACACUGCAAAUUAUUGUCGCGGUUUGACAAGCCCAAUGACAAGUUGCUUCACUGCAAGUUCAGCGAGAAUAAAAUCGGUAAACUGUUUAUAAAAAGA